AUGUCUAUUUUUGGAUGGCGGAUGAUCCAUGGAAAGUUGCCCUCGAACGAGGUGGUGAGGUGGAAAGGCAUCACUCUUACCUCUAAAUGCAAUUUAUGUGGUGUGGAUGAAGAAUCCCUGGAUCUUUUUAAUAUUGGAUGGUCGCCUCCUUUAUCCAUUCCUAUGCUUUUGCAAUGGUGGAAAAAGGUGCUAAAUUUGGCCUUUUGUAAGGAAGCCUGGGUGAUGGGGAUUGUUAUUAUGGCAGACAGUAUCUGGAAAGAAAGAAACCUGAGAAGGCAUGAUGAAGUUCAGAGACACUCCAGGUAUGUGUGCAUUUCCAUUAUUGAGAAGUUAAAAAGGUGCAAACCAAAUACUAAAGGAGCGAUUAGAUCCAUGGCUAAUAUGAUGUGCUGUAGAAAAUUGGGGUUGAUGGGGCAGGGAAUUCCUGACAGACCAAUAUUAGAUGUUCAUUGGUGUAAGCCACAAGUAAACUGGGUCAAAUUAAAUUUUGACGGCAGCUCGAUUGGAAAUCCAGGGUUGCAGGGGAUUGGCAGAGUUUUUAGAGAUUGUUUGAGAAGAGUUCUGGGAUCAUAUAAAAUCUUUAUGGGGGUUACAGGGGUGUUUCAUGCUGAGAUGGAAGGGCUCAUGGAAGGUUUAAUUCAUGCUAGAGACUUGGGCUUUAACCAGCUCUGGGUUGAGCCUGACUCCUCUUCGGUUGUGAUGUGGGUGCAGCAACGAAAGAUCCCCUGGUUUGCAGCUCAACAGUGGGCUUUCCUAAAACCAUAUUUGGAUGGGAUUAAUUGGAAAAUAUCUCACAUUUUCAGAGAGGGGAAUUCCAUUGUGGAUUUCUUAGCAAGAGAUGCAGCCAAGACUGGGAUUUCUAGAUCAAAUGUAAAUUUCCUAGGUCAUGUUGUGGAGCUUCUUAGCAGAGAUGCUACUGGAAGACUGAGUUAUAGAUUCUGCUAA